AUCAUUCCAGUUUAGUCCUGUAAUUCAGACCUUGUGCAAUAUAAGACUUAUUGAGACACGCAAUUAAAAUGCUACUAAUUACGGUAGCAGUUUUAUCGUGGAUAAGUCUUCAUGUAGUCAUUGGAGCAGAUUCAGAUAACUCAAUAAACUUACCGUCAGAUAACUCAACGUCAUCCUCCUCGCACGAAAAUAAUCUCUCUUUGGUCAACAUCGGAAAAUGUCCAGGGUCAAAAAUUACUCAAAACGAGCUUAGAAUUCCAUCAUGGUUGAAAUUAAAGGGACACAAUGCCACUCUCGUUUUCAGGUUGGCCAACUUAGAACCCGGUCUAGAGAAAACUUGUCCAGGGGGAAAAGUCGCCUCAGUCACGGUGACGAAGAGGAUAAAAAAUGGGAACAUGGUCCAAUUCCUGGAUGGUGGCAUGGUCUCAAUCAACCACGCCCACUAUGAUACGGACCAGUACUGCUUCUCGAGAUUUGACACCAAAUCGGUCACCCUGUCCCAUUGCGACUUGUCCUGCUCCCCGUCCGGUCCAGUCCUCUGCAUCCCGAAAUGUUGUCCAUUGACCGAAAUUAUGAAAUUGGAUGAAGACGGACUAACUCAAUCCUGUGUACCGUCCGGACCAGUGAAAUGGACGCCACGAGUUUAUUCCUCUCGUGACGAUCCUUCCGGAGUGGAGGCUAAACCACUACUUCCAAAAGAUCGAAAACCACUCCACUACAAAUUUACUGAGGUGGCCGGAACCCUGAUACCCAUCACUUAUCGAGCCGUUAAUUUUAGCGAAGGAGGAGAAGAGGUGGAACCGUUUCAUGCCUCACCAUUCCGCCUGCUCGACAAUGGUUCCAUGAUCAUCCUCGUUCUCGAACCAGAAAAUGGCGACGGGAGCGAAUGUGGCGAGGUUAUUCACAGAUAUCCAAUUCACAACAAGUUUUGUGUGGACGGAUUUAUCGUCGGGGAUGACGCAGUUUACGAUGGGAGUGAAAUCGAUCAGAUCGCGUUCCUCCCGUGGGUCACAGAAGAGGACGAAAAUACGACCAACACGAUAAUCAAAGCGUCCUUCGUACUGCUGGGGAUCAUCUUUCUGGUUCUGACCAUUCUCAUGCAUCUCGUGAUUUGGCCUAAACACAACAUUCACGGAUGGACCGUCUUCUCAUUUGUGGUUUCGAUGCUUGUAUUUUUCAUAACGUUGGCCACUGUGCACAUUACGCAUUUGACGUCCACGAGGGUAGUUCUGGGGACCGGAUCUUGUCUUUUAGUCGCAAUUUUGGGACAUUUUACUUUCCUCUGUGCCCUUUGUUGGAUGAGCAUUAUGAAUUUCGACUUUUGGACGACGUUCAGAAUUUUGUCCCCAUCUCAAGAACAUAGCAAAAGUGUACAACGUUAUGCUCGCUACCUCGUUUUUGCGGUGGGUGUGCCCAGUAUCAUCGUGGGAAUUUCUGUCGUUCUACACUUUACUCUCGGAGAAGAAUAUCACGAGAAUCACAAUGGAUUCCUGCCCGGCUAUGGGACAACGAAAUGUCAACUGCACCCUUGUUCUCAAAAAUACUAUUUGUACAUCCCGAUGGCAUUUCUGCUCGGCUUUAACCUCAUUAUGUUCUCUUGGACGGUCUUCACCUUGUGGACGUAUAAGAAAAAGACGCAGGCGACGAGCGGACAGAAACAGUCUUGGAUCCUGUUCUGCAAAUUGUUCCUGUGCAUGGGAAUUUCGUGGAUUUUUGAAGUUUUGAGUGGUUUUCUAAACUGGGACUUUGUCUUGCUCGAUAUCAUCAAUUUGCUCCAAGCAGUCGCCAUCUUCUUCAUUUUUACGGCAAAGAGAGAGAAUUUGUUAUGGAUUUAUAAACGGUAUCGCUGCUCGAAAAGAUUUAUAGCACCCAUUUUGCGCACGAGAUGUUGUUACGUGGCAGAAUUGGAUGUAGAGCAGACGGAAAUGACUUCCGCGGAAAAGAACAGGACACUCGUGACGUUUAAGGCGAGGGGGUCAGGAUCCUCGGAGAAUUAUUAAGUUGUGUUGAUCAAUUUGGAACUUGGAUGCGAAUGAUUACAAAUUUAACACCAAUUGCAAUUUUAUAAGACCAAAAUUAUAACAGUUUAUUUCUGCAAUAAAAACUACAAAUUGGAAAAGUU